GUUAGAUUUGUCGGAUAAAAGCUAGAUUAAUAUGUAUGCCACCCAACUAUAGGGCGGCAACCCUGAACGCCAUUCCCAUUGGCUUGUUUUUGUUAACUUAACUUGACGAACAACUUCUUUUCCGAACAUGUUGCGUAAAUUUGGCUUACUGCUGGGCCAGCAGGUGGGACAGCAGGCUCGUUUAACAGCACGCCGCACAUUCUCCGCCACAAAUGCUCUGCGUAAAGACGCCGAGCCGCAGGCGGAGGCGGAAUCGGGACCGCCAAAGAACAUCCUGGUGGAGAAGGACAAGAAUAUCACGCUGAUCGGGAUUAACCGGCCGCAGCAGCGCAAUGCCAUCGAUUCGCUCACAGCCUCACAGCUUUGUGACGCCUUCUCCAACUUCGAAGCGGACGACACUUCGCCGGUGGCCGUGCUGUACGGCGUUGGCGGGUCUUUCUGCUCUGGCUUUGAUAUCUUGGAGAUGAGCAACGACGAGAAGGAGGAGAUCAGUGUCGACAUUCUCAUGCGGCCGGAGGGCUCAGUAGGGCCCACGCGUCGCCAGAUCAAAAAGCCGGUCGUAUGCGGCAUAAACGGUUACUGCAUCGCGAACGGCCUGGAGCUGGCCCUGAUGUGUGACCUGCGUGUUAUGGAGGAGUCCGCUGUCCUGGGGUUCUUCAAUCGCCGCUUUGGCGUACCGAUGCUGGAUGGAGGCACUAUUCGCCUGCCGGCCAUGAUUGGUCUGUCCCGUGCCUUGGAUCUUAUACUCACCGGACGACCGGUGGGCUCCCAGGAGGCCCACGACAUUGGGCUGGUGAACCGCAUAGUGCCCACGGGCACAGCGCUGGGCAAUGCCCUCGAGCUGGCCACGUGCCUGGCCAAGUUCCCGCAAAGAGCCCUUAUCCACGAUCGCAACUCGGUCUAUUCGAGCGCCUUUGAGACGUCCACUUUCCACCAGGCCGUGCAGAACGAGGUGAUGUAUACUUCGCGGGAAAUCAUCGAGGACAUGCAGAACGGCAUCAAGUGGUUCAAUCAGACCUUCAAGCCAGAUACAACACACUCGUGGCUCAAGCGGGAUCGUUCGAUGGCCGAUUGGGAUGAUGAGGAAGUGGCAGAGGCCGCUGCCCAGAAGGAAAAACUUAAGCAAGAGCAGGAGGCUGCGUUGGCCGAGGCCGAGAAACAGAAGCAGGCAGAAAAGGCCCAGAAGAAGUCAAAGAAGUCCGAAGAAAAGCCCGUGGAUAGCGCAGAUAGUAAAGAUCCUACAGACAAGCCAACGGAGAAAUAGUUGCGAUCUAAUAUGAAAAAAAUUAACUGUUCCAAAUCAUACACUUAAACUUUGUACAUAACACCCUCACUUAGCAGUUUCAAACUGAGCCAUUCGACCUGUUAACUUAUUCAAAUACAUAACUGUACUUCUGUGC